CAUUGAAUAGGAAUUUAUGAACUACAUACUGUAUAUACAUAUAACGUACAUAAUAAGUACAUAUGUGAAUGCAUAUCAUACAUAUACAUACAAUUUUGAAGUGUUCCGAAACCUAUCGGUAUAUGUACAUAUUGAUUUUUAUCAUCGUGGCAAGUUUAUUCUUUACAACUGUAACAAAAUUUGAAAAUUGCUUAAAAUGAUAUUAAAAGCUGUUAUAUUAAUUGGAGGCCCAUCAAAAGGAACUAGAUUUAGACCUCUCUCCUUGGAUAUACCAAAACCAUUGUUUCCAAUUGCUGGUUUACCAGUAAUACAACACCACAUAGAAGCAUGUUCAAAAGUAGAAAAUCUCAGUGAAAUAUUAAUAAUUGGAUCGUACCUUGCAAGUGAUUUGACACAAUUUAUCCAUGACAUGAUAACUACAUAUAACAUAGUUAUUAGAUAUCUUCAGGAGUUUACUAUGCUGGGAACUGCCGGUGGAAUGUAUCACUUUCGUGAUCAGAUACGAUCUGGUUCUCCUACACAUUUCUUUGUGAUGAAUGGUGAUGUUUGUGCAGAUUUUCCUUUACAAGAAACAGUCGCAUUUCAUAUAGAAAAGCAAGCAUUGCUUACAAUUAUGGCUACAGAAGCAACAAGGCAACAAUCCAUAAAUUAUGGAUGUAUGGUUCUUGGUAAAGACAAGGAAGUUGCACAUUAUGUAGAAAAACCAUCAACAUUCGUUUCAACCUUGAUCAAUUGUGGAGUCUAUCUUGCUUCCCCAGAUAUUUUUCAAACUAUGGCAGAUGCUUUUUAUGCUGGACAAAAUCAAGAAACUUUUACGCAAUUCAAUGGAAACGGUAGAGAUCCGGCUCAUAUAUCUCUUGAACAAGACAUAUUAACUCGAUUAGCUGGAACUGGUCGCUUAUUCGCAUUACCUGUAUUAAGAUGGUGGUCGCAAGUUAAAACAGCUGGUUCCGCGAUAUACGCUAAUCGUCAUUAUUUAGCUCUUUAUAAAGCAAAUCGUUCAAAUCGCCUUGCUUUUACAACAAAUGGACCUUGUCAAAUUAUUGGUGAUGUUUACAUUCAUCCAUCAGCUACAGUUCACCCAUCAGCAGUGCUAGGACCAAACGUAAGCAUAGGUCCAAACGCUAUUAUUGCACCAGGUGUUAGAAUAAGAGAAUCAAUCAUAUUAGCUAAUGCUCACAUUCAAGCACAUUCAGUUGUUCUUCAUAGUAUAGUAGGUAAAAGCAGUUAUGUAGGAGAAUGGGCACGAAUAGAAGGAACACCGUGCGACCCCAAUCCUGAUAAACCAUUCGCAAAAAUGGAGAAUUUGCCUUUGUUUAAUACAAAUGGGAAACUCAAUCCUUCUAUAACAAUUCUCGGCACGAGCGUACGCUUAGCAGCUGAGAAAAUUUUAUUGAAUUCCAUUGUCUUGCCGCACAAAGAGCUUACGAGAAAUUUUAAGAAUGAAAUUAUUCUUUGAACUGUUUGCGGUUAACAUAUUUGUAUCGACUGAAUUAUUUACAAGAUGAUACCUCCGUGCUAUUGCUUGAUGCCAUCGAGUUCUGACAUCAAGUUUUACUUUAUGAUUUUUAAAUUAUUAUUUUA